AAAGGAAAACAAGCUAGAAGGAGAGACUGAGGCCAAAUACCCCAAAGUUUUUUUUUUAAUGCUUUUGGACUUAGUUCUGUGGCUAAUGAGCAUCUCAUUUUUUUGUUUGUUUUAUUUUUUUGUUUUUUGCAAAGAGGCAUGUCAAGUUCAAAGCUGUACUUUAGAGAAACCAGUCCCUCAACCAGUGCAUGAUGGACUACAAGUGGGGCCAGGAGGAGUGGGCAGCGAGGACGUAGGAACCAAUUUAGUCUGCCAUAUCCUAGGCCCUGAUAGAGGCACUGAGGAUAGGGCAGUGAGCAAUGCACAGGGCCCACCAUGAUGAAGCUGGUGGGGAGGGAGACAGGUAGUCAACAAAUAAACAGAUAAAUACAAAAUUAGUCAAGUGAAGCUGAGUGCUAUGGAGAAAGAUAAAAACAGUAAGGGGUAUGCAGAGUGAGGACAGGGAUGCUUUCUCCAAUAGAAUGUGAGAUGGGCCUCUGACAAGAUGACAUCUGAGAGGAAGUAGUGAGGUGGAUGUCUGAGAGAGGAUCAUUCCAGGGAGAGGGAGUGGCUGAGGUGGUUAUAAGCAUGCUAAUGAGAACUGGGUGUGUGUGUUGUGGGGAGAUAUGGGGACAGAUUGGAUGACUUUUAUGGAGAAUUAGGAUAUAUGACUAUUGGAUGAUGCAUGUAUUUUUGUCCAUUUUCUGUUGCCAGUAACACCAUAUUGCAGACUGGGUGAAUUAUAAAGAAAAGAAGUUGACUUUGACUCACAAUGCUGGAAAUCUAAGGUUGAGAGGCUAUAUUUGGUAAUGGCCUCUUGCUCUGUUGCCUAAGCUGUCUCAAACUCAACAAUCUUCCCACCUCAGCCUCCUGAGUAGUUGGAGUGGUUGGGAUUACAGGCAAGAUGGCAGCCGACGAAGGCUCACAGGACACUUUGAGGCUCCAGUUCAAGGCGAUGCAGGAACUGCAGCACAGAAGGUUACAGCAGCAGAUGGAGAAAAAGAGGGAAAAGGAAAAGGAACAGGAAAGCAGAGAUGAUGACCAAAAAGAAUCCAUGGAGAUCUCUGAUGGCCUCAACCUUCUCCACACAGAGGAGCAAAACUUGAAAAACAUCUUUGAGCAGAGGGUGCUUGAAGAUGAGAUCCAACAACUUCGGGAGGAGCUCAGAGAAACGGUGGAUGAGAACGGGCGAUUGUAUAAGUUGCUGAAGGAAAGGGACUUUGAAAUCAAGCACCUCAAAAAGAAAAUAGAAGAGGACAGACUUGCCUUCACAGGGAGUGCUGGUAUGGCUGGAGAUGUAGUCGCAACCAAAAUUGUGGAACUCUCCAAAAAGAAUCGGGCAUUGAUGGCAGAGUCAGAGGGUGGGAAAAUGAAAAUGAAGCAGCUGACCAAUCGGAUCCAGGAGCUGGAGCGGGAACUGCAGACAGCCCUGUCCAGGCUGCCAGCCAAGGGGUCCACCGAUGCAGGAGCCAAGCCACAGAGGGCCCAGCUGGGAGACAAAGCCUUGCCGGAGACCCCAGAGGUGAAGGCCCUGAAGGACAGGCUGGCAACCAUGAACCUGAAGAUGAGUGAUCUGCGCAACCAGGUUCAGUCCGUGAAGCAGGAGCUCCGGAUGACCCAGAAGGUUUUGUCCAGUGAGGUUGGGGAAGAUGUGAACAUCCAGCAGCUCCUAUCCUCUCCGGGGACCUGGAGGGGAAGGGCUCAACAAAUUCUCGUUCUUCAGAGCAAGGUUCGAGAGCUUGAGAAGCAGCUGGGACAGACCCGGAGUAGGUCUGCAGGAACAGCCAAUGAUGAGCUCCCUAUCUACCCAGACCCAAAGAAGCUGUCGGCACAGGAGAAAAACCUACUGAGGAUCCGCAGCCUGGAAAGGGAAAAACAGGAAGGCUGGGAGAAACUUGCUGGGGAGCGGGAUACCCUCCAAAAAGAGCUAGAAGAGCUGAGAAAGAAGUCUGAGGGAGUGAAGUCUCGAAACAAGGUGCUAUCGAACGAAGUGAAGACCCUCAGGAGCCAGAUGGGGACCCUGGUGGAGAAGGGCAGACAUGAUGACGAGCUCAUUGAUGCCCUCAUGGACCAACUGAAACAGCUACAGGACAUUCUGGGCAGCUUGAAUCUACAGGAGGAAAAGAUGCGCACAUCCCAGCAUCAAAUGGACCAGAAUCUCAACAGCCAGGCCCAACAGAGCAGCAGCCUUGUGGCCCAGCUGCAGGCCAUGGUGGCCAAGCGUGAGGCCAAGGUGCGGCAGCUGGAAUUAGAGAUCGGGCAACUUGGUGUGCAGUAUCUUCAGAAUAAAGUAGUGGGUGAGGAGUCCAGCGGGCCUGAGGUCCACCCAGCCCACACCAGACUCCUGGAGGACCAGGGUCUGGCCAAGCCUCCAGCCUCAGCAAGCAACCACAUCGGCAGGCUGGGAUCUUCUCGCUCUGUGAGCAGCCUGGGUCACACGCUGGUGGAAUCUGCUCUCACCAGGCCUUCCCUGUCCAGCCCCCACAGGACCUCACCCAGGUGCUUGGACUCCCCAGAACAAAAAGGCUGGCAAGCACAAGUGACAGAGAUCAAGGCCCUCUGGCAGGCCACCGAGGUGGAGCGAGACCGGCUCACUGAGUUUGUUACUGUCCUGCAGAAACGGUUGGAGGAGAGCAACAGCAAGCUCCUGGAGGCGGAAAGGAGGCUGCAGGGGGAGCGGCACCACACUGUGGUGCUGGAGCAACAUCUGGAGAAGAUGCGCUUGGAGCCUGGCAAGGCAUCCGCCUCACAGAAAGCAGCCCCCAAAAAUAAACCAGGAAGUGAGAAAAAGGACCCAUCCUCUGCCCAACUCUCCAGUGUACCUGUGGAAUUGCAGAUGGAGGAGCUGACCACCAGGCUGGCCAUCCAGGUGGAGGAGAACAAAGUGCUGAAAGCCGCCCUGGGCAAUGCCCUGCGGGGAAAAGAGGAGGACUUCCGCCUGUACCAUGAGACCCUUAGCCAGGUGAAAGGGGUCUUCCUGCAGGCCCUGCGGCAGCAGAAAGCAGACAGGCACUAGGAUGCAGCCCUGUGUCAGCCAGGCCAGUGGGGCAGCUCAGGCCUUGAGAGGAUGAGGCUGUCUGAGGACUGCGUCCGACUCAGGAAGCCAUCCGGGCCCCAGCUCAGCUCUGCCCUCGAAAGCAGCUCCUUCAGAGUGACCACAGCCCACACUUCAAGCCAGAGGAGAAGCCAUGGCAGAACCAUGCAGGAACACUGGGCAGAUGUGGCUGUGACGGGAGGAGGCCCAGCAGCCCACCAGCCUCAGCCAGAGCUCUGGGACCAGCCAGCUGUGAAUGGACAGAUGCAGUCCCCCACGCAGGUGCUCAUGGCCCCUGUCUUAGAGCCUGCCUGGGGAACCCCUGCAUGCCCACAGGCUCCAUACGCACAGCAGAACCCCUGGUGCCCUGGGUUGGGCACAUUGAACAGCCUCCCCCACCUACCUGGCCCUCCUCACUAGGCAUCCCCCUGCCCUGCCCUGGCUCCAUCUGUGGCCCUCCCCAUCCACAGAGUAGGGCAGCACGCUCCCGGCCUCUUUGUCAGGCUGCUGCUCAAAUGCCAAGCUUGGACUUGUAAUAAUAAUUGUUAUUUUCAUAAUUGCCGCA